GCUGAUAAAUAAAUAUUCAGAAGAAGUAAAGCACCUGUAACAGCAUGCCUUGCAGCGGUUAGCGCUUGACUAGAAUGUUUGGUGCUAAGACCGCUCGCAUUCUAGACUUGGACAUGCACAUUUUUACGGCAUCGCAUUGUUUUGAUAUCAUUGUCCCACAGCGCACAUCUCCACAAUCUCCCCCGUCGUGAUCGACAGUGGCUAGUCGCCAUGAUUACCCUGUGGGUGUUUUCAGACAAUCCACAAACCGACGCUCCACAACUCAUUUAAAGCAUGCUGUGGUCCUACCAAGGAACUCUUAAAUACGCUCGUCGAAUUGCUCCUUGGCAUUUCCAUACCCUUCUCCUCAUUCUUAUCUGUCAGGCAUGGUCACUCAAAAGUCCAUCACUCAAUCUUCUGCUUCUGAACCUCACUCGAGCGCUGCAUCCAACGCCCCCGUCAUAAUGUCUACCGUAAUCGAUGCUGGCAUCGCGAAUCCUCGCUCAGAGCCCCCCGAUCCUCAAUACCCUUCUGCUUCAGAGCCGGCCGACCCUCCAGCACCUGCUCACAUUUUCACCUUCACGCACUCCGUCCCAGCAGAGGUGGUCCGAACUGCGCCGGUGUCAUGCACGUAUGGCCCCUUUCGUGUUUGGGGCACAUUGGGCGAGGGCGCGUACGGCGUGGCGAUGGGAGCUGAAGACGUAGCGUCGAAUCGCUUGUUGUGUCUCAAGGUCUUCCCAAAGCACCAUCUUGAGCGCAAAUCCAGGAAAGAUGUUCUUCUGAACGAACUCGAAGCUUACAAGCGUCUUUCAUGCGCAUUUCCAUGUCCCGCGGCUGAUUUCCUCAUGGGGCUUGAAAUGUCGUUUCAGACAAAGGAUAAGAUAUGUUUUGUAAUGGACCUGAUGGCUAGCGACCUGUUUUAUUAUUUGAAACAUAAUCCUACGUACUGCGUCCCCAAUGCUCGCAGGUGGGCUGCUCAAAUGACCCUCGGGAUCAAUGCUCUGCACGAGAUAGGGAUCAUCCACCGGGACAUCAAAGCCGCAAACAUCCUGAUCGACGUUCAACAGAACGUACGCAUCACUGACUUUGGCGUGAGUUAUGUAAACACAGACGAAGGACCCUUGGACCGACAACAGAAUUAUUCUUCGGAACCGGUGGGAACAACAUGCACCAUGGCACCGGAGGUCCUGCGCAACAAAUCCGACCCCCGUCCUUUGAAGUAUGGAACGCCCGCAGACUGGUGGUCGUUAGGCUGCGUCAUCUACGAGCUCGUUUCGAAGAAGCACGAGGUACGUUUUUUUGUGACAAAGGACGACGUAUUUUCCUAUGUUUCUUGGUGCUCCAGUGGCGACAGACCAUCCAAACGGUUCCCUGCCUUUGAAGAAUUGCGUGAAGAUCUCGAGGAUUUGAUCUCUGGGCUGCUGCAACCCGUCCCGUCAUCGCGGUUUGGGUUCGCUGAAGUCGUAAAUCAUAGAUCGUUUUUGUUCGAACCCGGCAUGUCAGAAUUCACCGACGCAUACUCUCGCGCGCUUGGGCGCAAAGAAUUUCCAUGUUCGCUGCCAGACUUACGAUGUGGUCGGGAGACCAACGCAGCAGAGAUCUGGUUUCGCCAACCUUCCUGGGAGAAAUCGCACGUUCCGAAUUUGGACUGGGUCAAGGCGGCGCUUUUUUCUCCUUCCUUAUAAUGGCCCUUCAGUCCAGUCGGUGCUCGUUUCGUUUCGAUAGCUUCACUGUUCAAACGUUCCCUGUCACUUCUCCCUUCCUUCUUACGAAUAAUCUUAUGUAAAAUGUACCUGUCUCGACUCUCUUGGUUCCCUUUUUGGUUCACAUACAUUUUUCA